UCCCCRUAAGGGUYAUGGGGACUAUAGGGCCCCAAGGGCAACGUGCAUAUCAAWACUGGCCAUUCUCUUCRAGUGAUUUAUACAAUUGGAAAUCACAGAACCCCCCCUUYUCAGAGAARCCGGGUGCGUUAAUUGAUUUGUUGGAAUCGAUAUUAUUCACUCAUAAUCCUACCUGGGACGAUUGUCAGCAGCUCCUGAAAGUGUUAUUCACUACUGAAGAGCGGGAGCGCAUUCUGACCGAAGCCYGGAAGCUGGUACCAGGAGAGGACGGAAGGCCCACCAGCCAGCAGAAUCUAAUCGAUGAAGGGUUUCCCCUGGUAAGACCACCCUGGGACUUYGARCGACCUGAAGGUAGGGAACAUCUUCGUAUAUACCGGCAAACGUUAAUGGCGGGAGUAAGCGCGGCAGCACGAAAGCCUACCAAUUUAUCUAAAGUGAAUGCGGUGAGGCAGGAAGCUUCCGAGACUCCUGCUUCCUUUUUAGAGCGAAUACUAGAAGCAUUUCRGCAAUAUACCCCAUUAGACCCAUCUAAGGAGGAGAAUCGGGCGGCUGUGAUACUAGCCUUUGUUAAUCAAGCAGCCCCAGAUAUACGGAGGAAAUUACAGAAAAUAGAUGGGUUAGGGRAUCAGACCAUACAAGAUCUCUUAAAGAUUGCAGAGAAAGUGUAUAACAAUAGGGAGACCCCGGAGGAAAGGCAAGAAAGAAUAAGGAGGGAGGACYGGGAAYAUCAGGCUAAGGAGAAUCGGCGUAAUCAGARGGAGAUAGCGAAAAUAUUUUAUGGGGCAGUUGAAAAAGGAAGUAAGUGGCAAAGGGGACCACCCCCCACCGAAGGAAUGCGGCUUAGGCUGGGGAGGGAUCAGUGUGCCGCAUGUAAAAAGAAGGGGCAUUGGAAGAACGAAUGCCCUGAGAGAAGAAAGGGAAUGAGCUGGGAAAGGGAGGAGGGGAGACCAUCAAAGGAAUUAUCUACAAAAAAGACAAGAGUUCAAGGGGUUAACGGGAAUAAAUUAUACCACAGGACGUCAAAAAGGAGGGUAGAUGUAGCAAAUAGACAGAUAAUGCACUCCUUUUUGUAUAUACCUGAGAGCCCUGUACCACUAAUGGGCCAGGACCUCCUAACCAAAUUGGGAGUGCAAAUAUAUUUUGAGAAUGACAGGGUAAAGAUUAAUGAUAGGGAAGGACRACCGAUACAGGUGUUAACUGUUAGACUGUAAGAUGAAUAUAGACUAUAUGAAAAAGAGAAAGAGGGAGUUCAACCAGAAACCCAAAAAUGGAUGAAGAUAGUCCCAGAAGUAUGGGCAGAAAAUUCAGGAGUAGGGGAGGUAAAAGGAAAGAUUCCUCUGGUCGUGGAACUGAAACCUGGAGCAUCUCCGAUUAGGGUGAAGCAGUACCCUAUGACCCCUGAAGCUCGACAUGGAAUAGCUAAACGUAUUAAGAGACUGUUGAAAGCAAGUACACUAUGUAAAUGCAAAUUGCCUUGGAAUACUCCCUUACUGCCAGUGAAAAAUCCGGGAGGAGAUUACAGAUCGGUCCAGAACUUGAGGGAAGUAAAUAAGAGAGUUGAGGAUAUAYAUCCUACCGUCCCGAAUCCCUAUACUUUACUGAGUUCAAUGCCACCUGAUAUGAAGUGUUAUAUGGUCUUAGACUUGAAGGAUGCAUUUUUUACUAUCCCCCUCACGGAGCAAAGCCAAAUAAUAUUUGCCUUUGAAUGGGAGGACCCUGAGGAGGGGUAUAAGGGACAAUUGACUUGGACUCGCUUGCCACAAGGGUUUAAGAACUCCCCUAYGUUAUUUAACGAGAUAUUGCAGGAAGAUUUGAACRAUUUCYGGGAGCUGAAUCCAAAGCUGAUAUUGCUCCAAUAUGUUGAUGAUUUGUUGCUGGGAGCUAAAACGAAAGUGGAAUGUGAAGAAGAAACUAAAAGAUUGCUUGAAGAGUUAAACAGGCUGGGCUAUCGAGUAAGUGCAAAGAAAGCCCAAGUAUGUAGCCCUGAAGUUACUUACCUGGGGUAUAAAAUAUAUAAAGGAAAAAGGUGGCUAACGGAUGCCAUGAAGGAGACAAUACUUCRCAUACCUGAACCUAAGAACCCCCAGGAAAUUCGAGAGUUCCUAGGGACAGUGGGGUACUGCCGACUGUGGAUGCCUGGGUUCGCCGAAAUAGCCAAGCCCUUAUAUGAGGUCAGCCGUGAAAGACCGAAUUGGCAAUGGACAGMGGAGAUGAGGAAAUCAUUUGAGGAGCUGAGAUUGACCUUAUUAAAGGCCCCUGCGCUUGCACUUCUGGAUCCAGCCAAAGACUUUCACUUAUACGUAAGCGAGAAGGGCGGAGUUGCUAAAGGAGUGUUAACGCAGAGACAAGGUCCCUGGAAGAGAGUGGUGGCAUAUCUCUCAAAGAAAUUGGACCCAGUUGCAGCUGGAUGGCCACCAUGCCUUCGAAUUAUUGCGGCAGUGGCCUUAAUGGUAAAGGACGCCGACAAAUUGACAUUUGGUGAAAAAGUGUUGGUGACUACUCCCCAUUAUGUAGAAGCUUUGCUCAAGCAGCCUCCUGARAGGUGGAUAUCGAAUACUAGGCUAACUCACUACCAGGCCUUGCUCCUUAAUCCAGACAGAAUCGAAUAUAUGCCGGUGSUGUUAAACCCGGCAACACUCUUACCUAACCCGAACUAUGAAGCCCCGUUGCAUAUAUGUCAAGAGGUGUUAUCGGAAGUGAUAACUAUCAGGGAAGAUCUGAAGGACGAACCCUUAAUGGGAGGAAAAGUAUGGUUUACGAAUGGAAUCAGUUUCAUAGAACAGGGAAGAAGGCGAGCUGGGGCGGCGGUAGUGGACCAAAACGGUGAGGUUGUCUGGAGCCAGAGAUUGCCUGAUGGAACCUCGGCCCMAAAAGCUGAACUCUUAGCAUUGGCCAAAGCUUUGGAGAUGGCAGAGGAUGAGAGAGUGACCAUAUAUACAGACAGCAGAUAUGCAUAUGGGACAGUGCAUAUACAUGGAGCUAUAUACCGAGAGAGGGGAUUCUUAACAUYUGCAGGAAAGGAAAUUCGGAAUAAGGAAGAAGUUUUGCGUUUAUUGUCAGCCCUACAGAAACCUAAGGCAGUAGCUAUUGUACAUACCCCAGGACAUCAGAAACAAACGGAUCCAGUAAGUAAAGGGAAUGCAAACACAGAUAGUGCUGCGAAAGAAGCCAUCUUAAGGGCUCGAGCAUCAGUAAUGCUAGCCACCAGUGCAUCCAGCACAUCCAUAGUGAGAAAUGAUACUAAAAGUGAAGAAGGGGAAUACAGAGAUGCUGAYGGGAAGAAGAUAAUAUCCAGAAAAUUGGGACAGGAAUUAGCCCAACAGCUACAUAAUACAACACAUUUGGGGGAGAAAAAGAUGAGAAUGCUGAUUGAUAAGUUCGGGUUGAAGUUCCAAGGCCAGAGGAAGGUGAUACAGGAAAUAGUGGAUAAGUGUCAGGCCUGCCAAGAAAUGAAACYGUCUCGRAUAAAGGAGGUACAUAAAGGAAUAAGGGAAAGAGGUGGAGAACCUGGAAGGCAUUGGGAAAUUGAUUUUACAGAAGUAAGGCCAGGAAAAUAUGGGUAUCGAUAUUUGAUGGUAUUGGUAGAUACAUUCUCAGGAUGGGUAGAAGCUUUCCCUACUAAACGAGAAACUGCGCAGGUGGUAGCAAAGGUACUUUUAGAAGAAAUAAUCCCAAGAUAUGAAAUACCCAUAACUAUUGGGUCAGAUAAUGGGCYGGCUUUUGUAGCUAAGAUUAUUCAAGAAUUAACUGAAGCCUUGGGGACAAAUUGGAAGUUACACUGUAUUUAUAAUCCCCAGAGUUCAGGACAGGUUGAAAGAAUGAAUAGGACAAUUAAGGAAACCCUAGCAAAACUGGUAAAAGAGACUGGACAAAACUGGGUUACUAUGUUACCAUUUGCUCUUUACAGGUCUCAGGUCACUCCGUAUAUUUUAGAAUUUUCUCCUUUUGAAAUAAUGUAUGGAACCCUUCYCCCAGUSUACYCAUUAAGUGUAGGAAGGAUCGGGAAAGGGAMUAYGGAAAUAGGGCGGGAAGUGCAGGCUUUGAAAGAAAUACAGGGUGAAUUAUUCCCCUUACUGCGAAAAUGGUAUAAAGGAAAUCAAAAGCAAGAUUUGGAGAUUGGGAUUGAGCCAGGAGAAUGGGUAUGGGUAAAAAGACAUAAUCCUAAAACCCUGGAAAGUAGAUAGAAAGGACCAUGUGUUGUUAUACUCGCUACUCCAACCGCUGUUAAAGUUGAUGGUUUAGGACCGUGGAUACACCACUCCCACGUGAGGAAAGCGUCAGAAACCAAAGUACAGGAACAAGAUUGGCAGGUUCAACGGGAUCCAGAGAACCCACUGAGACUCCAUCUACAGCGAAGAAAUGMAAAAUUGGAUAAUGUUUUGGUUGAUGUGGGGAACAACGGGGAUAACAGGAAAGGAAAAUUGGAGUCCCCAUCAGCCUUAUAA